CCCAACGCAAUCUAAUGAUGAGUGAGAAAGAUCAUAUGGCAAAUAUUUAGGGCGUUUAUGAUAAAUAGGCUAAAAUAUUGUAUGUUUAUUUAGGCCGGAGCUUUCAAACGGGCUCCCGGGUUCAAAAAGCAAAGGCGUACAGUCAUUGGUCAACUGUCGUAGAGCUAAAGCAGACAAUAACCAAUCAAAUCGUUUGAAUUCACGCAGUCCAAUGAGCUCGUGGCAGCCCUGCUUUAAAUACGUGGCAACGUUUACAAAACGUUACAUUCGUUCACAGAAUUGGAACUGUCUACAAGUAGCAGCGAUGGCAAGAACCAAACAAACCGCCCGUAAAUCUACCGGAGGAAAGGCUCCGAGGAAGCAGCUCGCCACUAAAGCUGCACGUAAAAGCGCACCGGCCACCGGCGGCGUCAAGAAGCCUCACCGUUACAGACCUGGAACUGUGGCUCUGAGAGAGAUCCGUCGUUAUCAGAAGUCCACUGAGCUGCUGAUCCGCAAACUACCUUUCCAGCGUCUGGUGAGAGAAAUCGCUCAAGAUUUCAAGACUGAUCUACGUUUCCAGAGCUCCGCUGUCAUGGCCCUGCAGGAGGCCAGCGAGGCUUAUCUGGUGGGUCUGUUUGAGGACACAAAUCUGUGCGCCAUCCACAUCAUCAUGUCUGGAAGAGGCAAAGGCGGCAAAGGACUGGGAAAAGGAGGCGCUAAGCGUCACCGUAAAGUUCUACGUGAUAACAUUCAGGGAAUCACCAAACCCGCCAUCCGUCGUCUCGCUCGACGUGGUGGAGUCAAGCGUAUCUCCGGUCUGAUCUACGAGGAGACCCGUGGAGUAUUGAAGGUGUUCCUUGAGAACGUGAUCCGUGACGCUGUUACGUACACCGAGCACGCCAAGAGGAAGACCGUGACCGCCAUGGAUGUGGUGUACGCGCUGAAACGACAGGGACGCACUCUGUAUGGAUUCGGCGGUUAAACGUCCACAACCGAUUCUAAAACCAAAGGCUCUUUUAAGAGCCACCCACACUGUCAUAAAAGAGGCUUUUUGUAUUGUUUGCCCAUAGUUAUACUAUCGCCAGAUAUAAUAAAAAUAUUACCAUUUUAUUUAAUUCUUUAGUUUAAGUGGAUUAUUGUACAUGUAGAACAUUUGCAGUAAUUGUUUACAUUAACAUUACCAGAAAUUAGUUACCAAAUACCAAUGUAUAGUUUUUAAAUUAUUAAAAAUCUCUAGCCGUGUAACCUAGUGUUCUAGUGUGUUUGUGUAAAAUCUACACAAAAGACUAGUCGCAUCACUAAUUUAUGGAAUAAAACUUACUUUAAACAUUAG